AUGGAUCCGUCAGAUAGCAUCGAUACAGAUAAACGAACAAAAGUGUCACGUGCAUGUGAUUAUUGCAAAAAAAGGAAAUUCAAAUGUAGUGGUAGAGCACCUUGCGACUUGUGCCUGAAAAAGAAGAUGGAGUGUACAUUCAGUAUUGUUGAUAGAAGAACCAUACGGAGGAAAAACAAAAAAAGAAGAACCAAAGCUGAAAAGGAUAGUUCCUUGAAUGCAGGAACAUACCAACCAGUCACGACUACAUCUUCAACUUCCCACGCAAAAGAGUUUGUUCAUAAAGUUGUCAAGAAUGAUCAAGUUGAUCGGAAAUCACUAAACAUGUUAAACAAGCUGUCGCAACUACCUAUACAUUUCCAACCAUUGACAAUGUUCCCAGUUACUGGAAAGUCUGAUGAAAGCGACGGAUCAUUUGAGAAAAAAUCGGAGUUGGAAGAAGGGGAACUGAUUGAAGAAGACGAUGACGAGUCGGGGGUUUCUAGCAGUGUUGAAGAGAGUGAUGGUGAAGGAGUAGUCAAGGACAAUACUGAAACAAAUGCAACUGAAUCAACAAAGAAACCACAAAGUACAUCAAACUCCCAUUCGCAACCCCAUUCUCAUUCACACUCGCACUCACACUCACACUCACAUUCACAUUCAAAAACUCACAACACACACAAAACACAUAGUUGGGCAGAAGAGGCCGAGCUGCAUCGUGUGCUUUUUGAUGCGGAAGGCAAUUUGAAAUAUGUUGGUGAAUCAGCUCCAUUAUCCUUUCUCUUUGAAUGCAGAAGCAUUUUUGCCAAAACUAUUGGUAAGUCAGAAUUCACCGAAGAACCUGAUUCGUUGGAAAUAUUUGACGAUACCGAUGAAGUUCAAGAAGUUGUGCAAAUGGCAUUACCGAGUCGUGAAAAUUUGAAAAGGAUAUUGCGGUUGUUUUUGAUAAAUGUCAACGAAGCUUGUUACUUGUUUGAUAUUAAACAUUUUGAAAAAACCGUCAUUACCCCUAUAUACAACAACUAUGGUGAUUGUUCAGUUGACCAAAUUUCUUUAAUGAAUUUAAUGAUUGGUGUGGGGCUCUUGUAUGCAGAAAUAAUUGGUGAUCCAAUCUGUCAAAAUAUGGAGUCUCCACAAAUGAAGUCAUCGGCUUAUUUCGAAUUUGGAAUCCAUUUGGCUAAAAAGUAUAUGAAUGUGGGUAAACUAUGGAUAUCUGAGGCCAUGGCACUUGCAUUUUUCUACUAUUCAUCAACGCAUCAACGAAGCACUGCAUGGUUGAUACUAGGUAUAGCAGUGAGGAAUGCUCAAGGAUUGGGUCUUCAUCGAAAAUUCAUCAAUGAGUCAUUUACUGACAAAGGGUAUGUCAGACAUAGAAGGAAAUUGUACAAAAGUUUGUACGUAUUGGAUCGUAUCACAUCGGUAACUUUGGGACGUCCCUUACUUAUUGAUGAUUAUGACUGGGAUGAUUUUGAUACUACUGAUAUUUACGAAUUGGAUGCCAAUGGUGAGCCUAUUGAGAAUUACAACUUGAAAGCAUUGAUUGAGACUACCAAAGUGGCAAAACUCAUUGGUAAAAUCAUCCGCCAAUUUUACAUUGAUGGCGUUGUCAAUACUAUCAAGGCAGAGAAGUUGGCGGUUGAAUUGAAGCAAUGGGCAUCAAAUUUGCCGGAAGAGUUGCAAAUGGAUAAAGCAGUGAAUGAUGAUGGUGAUCAAAAUCCCAAUGGAGAAUUUGAUGAUCGCAAGAUUUCACUAUUAUUGAUUCACUUGUCACACUUGUACACGGUUAUCCUUCUAUCACGACCUUUUUUCAUGUACAUCAAUUUCAAACUGAAUAAAAGUAAAAUAUUCCAAAAACCCAAGGGGAGACAAGAAAUUGCCAUUUGCAACUUUUGUCGAGCAGCAAUCAAAGCUUCGAGUUUGAUUAUUCAGUUGAUGGAAUGCUAUAUCAACUAUACCAGAUUUCUACCGGAAAGAUGCGAGUCAAAUGCAUUGAUUUCAUCCGUAUUGAUGGCAUCGUUAAUCACGGGCAUGACUGCAUUAUUCUUGGAGACUUACGACUAUAAAGACGAAAAGAUUACUAUUCAAACCAUGAUGAUUCAUUUAAAUUCUGCUAAGAGAGUGCUUCAAUUUUAUUCCAAGACUAAUAUCAUGGCAACUAGGUAUUAUGUAAUCAUAAAUCAAAUGCAAAAUACUUUGAUGGAAAAUUUCAACCUAGAUGUGAAUGGAAUUAAAAGGAAGUCAAGUAAACAAAAGAAACUAAAGAAGGAAGCAAAGGAAGCAAAGGAAACAACUCAGUUACUCACACCAUCGAAUGGGAACAAGUCUCAACAAAUGCACCAGUCACUACUGUACAAUUUGCCAAACAACCAGUUUGCCCACCCCAGCCAACCAAUGCAACAACAACAUCUGCAAAAUCUGCAAAAUCUGUACAACCUACAACAACAGCAACAACAGCAACCACGACAAUCAAAUAUUAAUCACAUAUCACCCAGUCUGUCCUAUGACUCAGGAAGAACGCCAACCUCAUCAUCAGCAACCACCGAAGAACAUUUCCUACCACACGAUAUAUUCAAUAAAGAUUACGACAAUUUUAUGGAAAAUUUCGGGUCCUUGUUGUUGCCCAUCGCGACAAUGGGUCUGAAUUUGACGUCAACUCAAGGUGUGGAUGGAUCAAGAUUGCCAGUGAAUGACUAUGGCGGUGGUGGCGUGGGAGGUGGCUAUGCUGCUUAUGGACAGGGAUCAGGGUCGGGGUCGUCGUCGUAUGAGUCGGCAAAUUUGGAUGAUACGGGGUCCAAUUUGUACAGCCAACAAUUUAGUCUACAAGAAAGGCCAUCACAACCACAGAAGCUUCGACAACAACCCCAGCAGCAACAGCAGCAACAGCAACAACAGCAACAACAACAUCAUCAUCAACAACAACAGCAGUCACCUGUUUUCAUGCAGCAGCCACAGACACAACCUGGGCAAGCUAUGGGAGGUGGUGGAUCCAAUUCUGGCAAUGCCACGGCCAACCAGCCUAGUGGAUCAUUUCCUGGUAUAGCGAGCGGACCUAACAGAACACCAAAUGAUGAUCUGUUGGACGAAUUCAUGUACACGCUGGGCUUGAAUGAUUUCUUAUACGAUUCAAGAACACUUGGUUAA